AUGGCUCGCCGUAGUAGAAUAAGGUCAAGAAUCAAGAAAAGCCAUUUCUACACUUUCAAAUGCCUCAGACCCAAAACUCUCGACGACCAAGGGCCCCAUUUCAUCAACGGACCAGGCUACACACGCAUCGUCCACUGCAACCAGCCACAUCUCCACCUCGCCACCAAGCUCCUUAGAUACCGCUCCAACUACGUAUCCACCACUCGUUACAACAUGCUCACUUUCCUCCCCAAGUGCCUCUACGAGCAAUUCCACCGCGUCGCCAACUUCUACUUCCUCGUCGCCGCCAUCCUCUCCGUCUUCCCUCUCUCCCCUUUCAACAAAUGGAGCAUGAUCGCUCCUCUUGUCUUCGUUGUUGGGCUUAGUAUGGGUAAAGAGGCCCUGGAGGAUUGGAGACGGUUUAUGCAGGACGUUGGGGUGAACUCUAGGAAAGCUAGUGUUCAUAAAGGGAGUGGUGAGUUUGGUCGUAGGACUUGGAAGAAGAUACGUGUUGGGGAUGUGGUCAGAGUUGACAAGGAUGAGUUUUUCCCUGCUGAUUUGUUCCUUCUCUCGUCUAGCUACGAGGAUGGGAUUUGUUAUGUUGAGACUAUGAAUUUAGAUGGGGAGACUAAUUUGAAAGUUAAGAGAUGUCUGGAUGUUACUUUGGGUUUGGAGAGGGAUGAGUCUUUUCAGAGUUUCUCUGGAACGAUAAAAUGUGAAGAUCCAAAUCCGAACUUGUAUACUUUUGUUGGUAAUCUUGAGUGUGAUGGACAGGUUUAUCCACUUGAUCCUAACCAGAUUCUUUUGAGAGAUUCUAAGCUGAGGAACACGAGUUAUAUCUAUGGGGUUGUUGUCUUUACGGGUCAUGACACAAAGGUUAUGCAGAACUCGACAAAGUCUCCUUCAAAGAGAAGCAGCAUUGAGAAGACAAUGGACUAUAUUAUAUACACUCUAUUUGGUCUUCUUUUGUUUGUCUCCUUCAUCAGCUCUCUUGGGUUUGCUGUGAUGACGAAACUUGUAAUGGCGGAUUGGUGGUACUUGCGACCAGACAAGCCUGAGAGCUUAACAAACCCCACGAAUCCUUUGUACGCUUGGGUUGUUCAUUUGAUCACUGCUCUCUUGCUUUAUGGCUACUUGAUUCCAAUCUCACUCUAUGUUUCCAUCGAGUUAGUGAAAGUCUUGCAAGCGACUUUUAUUAAUCACGACUUGCAGAUGUAUGAUAGUGAGAGCGGGACUCCAGCUGAAGCGCGCACGUCGAAUUUAAACGAAGAGCUUGGACAAGUUGAUACCAUCCUUUCUGAUAAAACAGGAACUUUGACAUGUAACCAAAUGGACUUUCUUAAAUGCUCAAUAGCGGGUACUUCUUAUGGCGUCCGUGCCAGUGAAGUUGAACUAGCUGCUGCAAAGCAAAUGGCUAUGGAUCUGGAGGAGCAAGGUGAUGACAUUACAAACCUUCCGGUGAGUAAAGGCAGGACACAACGCUACACGAAACUUGCUAGCAAGACGUCAUCGGAUUUUGAAUUGGAGACUGUAAUCACUGCUAGUGACGAGAUGGAUCAUAAGAAGACCACUGGUAUCAAGGGGUUUAGUUUUGAGGAUAAGCGCUUAAUGGAUGACAACUGGGUAAAUGAGCCUAAUUCAAAUGAUGUUUUGAUGUUUUUCCGUAUAUUAGCGGUUUGUCAUACUGCUAUUCCUGAGGUGGAUGAAGAUACUGGAAAGUGUACCUAUGAAGCUGAGUCUCCUGAUGAAGUUGCUUUCCUGGUUGCUUCUAGGGAGUUUGGUUUUGAGUUCACUAAGAGAACUCAGUCAAGUGUGUUUAUAGCUGAACGGUUCUCACCUUCAGGACAACCAGUUGAUAGGUUGGAACCUAACUUAAUCAACUGA